UUCAACCUCUCACCUCGAAUCACAUCUCGAACCAAAGCCAAAAGGAAAAGGCAAGAGACAAUAUAACGAAUACAAGUGCCGGAUAACCUCUUCUCACACCACUUCCAACAAGUGGACCCCUUGCGGGUCUCGACCAACUUCAGAAUAAUGCAACAAUCUGGCUUUCGUUCUGCUCCGGUCUCACAAGCCCUCCUCUACUUCAUAGUCGCCUCAUCUCUCCUAGCCUCAAUACUCGACAUCAAACACUAUUUCCAUAUACAAAUAAUUCCUCAUCUGUGGGUCCACCGACAAGUUUGGCGAAUUUUCCUCUGGCAGACAUGCUACGCAAAUGCAGGCGAGCUGCUAUUUGGGGCCUUGGUGAUUUAUCACCUUAGGGUUAUAGAACGCCUAUUCGGGACCCGGAAAUACGCUUCUUUCCUCGCUUACUGUUUUGUCGCCACAAAUAUUGCAGCACCGUUCCUGUUAGCCGCUGUAUUUCGCCCGCUUACUUUUGGUCAAAUGAACUACCUUCCACCCGGCCCAACUCCAAUUCUCUUUGCUGCGUUGGCCCAAUAUCACGCUAUGGUUCCCGGGGUUUACAGGUUUCGCCUGCUCACAUCUACCAGCUCGAAUGGAGAGGAGGGGCCAGGCAUUACACUAUCCGAUAAAUUCUAUGUCUACCUACUAUCCACUCAACUCGCCUUUUGCCAGCCUCCGGGAUCGUUACUGUCGGUAGCCGUUGGGUGGACCGCGGGAUAUGCCUGGAGGAUGGAUCUACUGCCGAAGUCGAAAUGGAGAAUUCCCAAAUGGCUAUUCAAAGAUAACCAAGGUGCGGAAUUUGAGAAUCUUAGGAGAAGACUGAGGGAAGGAGAGGGUGUGGCUGAUGCCAACCAGGGUGCUGGCCAGAGACCUCUUGUACGGCAGAUUUUGGAUCAAUUCAGGGGUGCUUUCUAAGUGCUUUAUAAGAGACCCUCCAGUAUUGCGCGGUAGUUCUAUUGUAUUAUGUGUCAUAUUGAGUUCGGCGCAGAAUUGGAUUCAUUGGGGUCAUUUAUAGGGGUUUCUUGCGGGUUUUUGUUUUUACAUUAUUU